UCGGCAGUUUCCGGCAGUAAUCGAGAGUUUCUAACGUGCCCCGCCUCCGCCACCCCCCUUCUCUCGGCCUCAGUCCUCUUAACCGCCGCCCGGCUUGCUGUCCCCGCGCUCCCUCCCGUCCUCGGUCCUCCGCCCCUUCCCUCCCCACCUCGCCUGGCCCUGCAGGCGCCUCCGGCGGUACGGGCUGGGCAAGAUGGCGGCUUUCGGGAUCUUGAGCUACGAGCACCGACCCCUGAAGCGGCUGCGGUUGGGGCCUCCCGAUGUGUACCCUCAAGAUCCCAAACAGAAGGAGGAUGAACUGACGGCUUUGAAUGUAAAACAAGGUUUCAAUAACCAGCCUGCUGUCUCUGGGGAUGAACAUGGCAGUGCCAAGAACGUCAACUUCAAUCCUGCCAAGAUCAGUUCUAACUUCAGCAGCAUUAUCGCUGAGAAGUUACGCUGUAAUACUCUGUCUGACACUGGUCGCAGAAAGUCCCUAAUGAACCAGAAGGACAACUUCUGGCUGGUGACUGCACGAUCUCAGAGUGCUAUUAACACCUGGUUCACUGACCUGGCUGGCACCAAACCACUCACACACCUAGCCAAAAAGGUCCCCAUUUUCAGUAAGAAGGAAGAAGUGUUUGGGUACUUAGCCAAAUACACAGUGCCUGUGAUGCGGGCUGCUUGGCUCAUUAAGAUGACCUGUGCUUACUAUGCAGCAAUGUCUGAGACUAAGGUUAAGAAGAAAAAUACUGCUGACCCCUUCACUGAAUGGACCCAAAUCAUCACAAAGUACUUAUGGGAACAGCUGCAGAAGAUGGCUGAAUAUUAUCGGCCAGGACCUCCAGGAAGUGGAGGCUGUGGUUCUACUAUAGGACCCUUGCCCCAUGAUAUAGAGGUGGCAAUCAGGCAGUGGGACUACAAUGAGAAGCUCGCCAUGUUCAUGUUUCAGGAUGGAAUGCUGGACAGACAUGAAUUCCUGACUUGGGUGCUUGAAUGUUUUGAGAAAAUACGCCCUGGAGAGGAUGAAUUGCUUAAAUUGCUGCUUCCUCUACUGCUUCGAUACUCAGGGGAAUUUGUUCAGUCUGCCUAUCUGUCCCGCCGCCUCGCCUACUUCUGCACCCGGAGACUGGCUCUGCAGCUGGAUGGCGUGAGCAGCCACUCAUCUCAUGUUAUAUCUGCUCAGUCAACAAGCUCUCUGCCCACUACCCCUGCACCUCAACCCCCAACUAGCAGUACACCCUCGACUCCCUUUAGUGACCUGCUUAUGUGCCCUCAGCACCGGCCCCUGGUUUUUGGCCUCAGCUGUAUCCUUCAGACUAUCCUCCUGUGUUGUCCUAGUGCCCUAGUUUGGCACUACUCAUUGACUGAUAGCCGAAUUAAAACUGGUUCACCACUUGACCACCUGCCCAUUGCUCCUUCCAAUUUGCCCAUGCCAGAGGGUAACAGUGCCUUCACUCAGCAGGUCCGAGCAAAAUUGCGAGAGAUUGAACAGCAGAUCAAGGAGCGAGGACAAGCAGUUGAGGUUCGCUGGUCUUUUGAUAAGUGCCAGGAAGCUACUGCGGGUUUCACCAUUGGACGGGUGCUCCAUACUUUAGAAGUGCUGGACAGCCAUAGUUUUGAGCGCUCUGACUUUAGUAAUUCCCUUGACUCCCUUUGUAAUCGAAUCUUUGGAUUGGGGCCUAGUAAGGAUGGUCAUGAGAUUUCCUCAGAUGAUGAUGCUGUGGUAUCAUUAUUAUGUGAAUGGGCUGUUAGCUGCAAGCGUUCUGGUCGGCAUCGUGCUAUGGUAGUAGCCAAGCUUCUGGAGAAGAGACAAGCCGAGAUUGAGGCUGAGCGUUGUGGAGAAUCCGAAGCAGCUGAUGAGAAGGGCUCAGUCGCCUCUGGUUCGCUUUCUGCUCCUAGUGCACCCAUUUUCCAGGAUGUCCUCCUGCAGUUUCUGGAUACACAGGCUCCCAUGCUGACUGAUCCCCGCAGUGAGAGUGAACGAGUGGAAUUCUUUAAUCUAGUACUGCUGUUCUGUGAACUGAUCCGACACGAUGUUUUCUCGCACAACAUGUACACCUGCACUCUCAUCUCUCGGGGAGAUCUUGCUUUUGGAGCCCCUGGUCCUCGGCCUCCCUCUCCCUUUGAUGAUCCUGCGGAUGACCCAGAGCGCAAGGAGACUGAAGGCAGCAGCAGUAGCAAGCUAGAGGAUCCAGGGCUCUCUGAAUCUAUGGACAUAGACCCUAGUUCCAGUGUGCUUUUUGAAGACAUGGAGAAGCCCGAUUUCUCAUUGUUCUCCCCUACUAUGCCUUGUGAGGGGAAGGGAAGCCCAUCCCCUGAGAAACCAGAUGUCGAAAAGGAAGUGAAACCCCCACCCAAAGAGAAGAUGGAGGGGACACUUGGGGUUCUUUAUGACCAGCCACGACAUGUGCAGUAUGCCACACACUUUCCAAUCCCACAGGAGGAGUCAUGCAGCCAUGAGUGCAACCAGCGGUUGGUCGUACUGUUUGGGGUGGGGAAGCAGCGAGAUGAUGCCCGCCAUGCCAUCAAGAAGAUUACCAAGGAUAUCCUGAAGGUUCUGAACCGCAAGGGAACAGCAGAAACUGACCAGCUUGCUCCUAUUGUGCCUCUGAAUCCUGGAGACCUGACAUUCUUAGGUGGGGAAGAUGGGCAGAAGCGACGCCGCAACCGGCCGGAAGCCUUCCCCACUGCUGAAGAUAUUUUUGCUAAGUUCCAGCACCUUUCUCAUUAUGACCAACACCAGGUCACGGCUCAGGUCUCCCGGAAUGUUCUGGAGCAGAUCACGAGCUUUGCCCUUGGCAUGUCAUACCACUUGCCUCUGGUGCAGCAUGUGCAGUUCAUCUUCGACCUCAUGGAAUAUUCACUGAGCAUCAGUGGCCUCAUCGACUUUGCCAUUCAGUUGCUGAAUGAGCUGAGCGUGGUUGAGGCCGAGCUCCUUCUCAAAUCUUCUGAUCUGGUGGGCAGCUACACAACCAGCCUAUGCUUAUGUAUCGUGGCUGUCCUGCGACACUAUCAUGCCUGCCUCAUCCUCAACCAGGACCAGAUGGCACAAGUGUUUGAGGGGCUCUGUGGUGUAGUGAAACAUGGGAUGAACCGUUCAGAUGGCUCCUCUGCAGAGCGCUGUAUCCUUGCUUAUCUCUAUGAUCUGUAUACCUCCUGUAGCCAUUUAAAGAGCAAAUUUGGGGAGCUCUUCAGUGACUUUUGCUCAAAAGUGAAGAACACCAUCUACUGCAAUGUGGAGCCAUCAGAAUCCAAUAUGCGCUGGGCACCGGAGUUCAUGAUUGACACUCUGGAGAACCCUGCUGCUCACACUUUCACCUACACGGGGCUAGGCAAGAGUCUUAGCGAGAACCCUGCCAAUCGCUACAGCUUUGUCUGCAAUGCUCUUAUGCACGUCUGUGUGGGGCAUCACGAUCCUGAUAGGGUAAACGACAUUGCAAUCCUGUGUGCGGAGCUGACCGGCUAUUGCAAGUCACUGAGUGCAGAGUGGUUAGGAGUACUUAAGGCCUUGUGCUGCUCCUCUAACAAUGGCACUUGUGGUUUCAACGAUCUCCUGUGCAAUGUAGACGUAAGUGACUUGUCCUUUCAUGAUUCCCUGGCUACUUUUGUUGCCAUCCUCAUUGCCCGGCAGUGUUUGCUCCUGGAAGACCUGAUUCGCUGUGCUGCUAUCCCUUCACUCCUCAAUGCUGCUUGUAGUGAGCAGGAUUCUGAGCCAGGGGCCCGGCUCACUUGCCGCAUCCUCCUCCACCUGUUCAAGACACCACAACUUAAUCCUUGCCAGUCUGAUGGAAACAAACCUACCGUUGGAAUCCGGUCCUCCUGUGACCGCCACCUGCUGGCUGCCUCCCAGAACCGCAUCGUGGAUGGAGCUGUGUUUGCUGUUCUCAAGGCUGUGUUUGUACUCGGGGAUGCGGAGCUGAAAGGUUCAGGCUUCACUGUGACGGGAGGAACAGAAGAACUUCCAGAAGAGGAGGGAGGAGGUGGUAGUGGUGGUCGGAGGCAGGGUGGCCGCAACAUCUCUGUGGAGACAGCAAGUCUGGAUGUCUAUGCCAAGUACGUGCUGCGAAGCAUCUGCCAACAGGAAUGGGUAGGAGAACGUUGCCUUAAGUCAUUGUGUGAGGAUAGCAAUGAUCUACAAGACCCAGUGUUGAGUAGUGCCCAGGCUCAGCGCCUCAUGCAGCUCAUCUGCUACCCACAUCGACUGCUGGACAACGAAGAUGGAGAAAACCCCCAGCGGCAGCGCAUUAAGCGUAUUCUCAAGAACUUGGACCAGUGGACCAUGCGCCAGUCCUCCUUGGAGCUACAGCUGAUGAUCAAGCAGACCCCCACCAAUGAGAUGAACUCCCUCUUGGAGAACAUCGCCAAGGCCACAAUCGAGGUUUUCCAACAGUCAGCAGAGACAGGGUCAUCUUCUGGAAGUACAGCAAGCAACAUGCCCAGCAGCAGCAAGACUAAACCUGUGCUCAGCUCUCUAGAACGUUCUGGCGUAUGGCUGGUAGCUCCUCUCAUUGCCAAACUGCCCACCUCAGUCCAGGGCCACGUAUUGAAAGCUGCUGGGGAGGAAUUGGAGAAGGGUCAGCACCUGGGUUCCUCUUCCCGAAAAGAACGAGAUCGACAAAAACAGAAGAGCAUGUCCCUGUUGAGCCAGCAGCCUUUCUUAUCACUGGUGCUGACAUGUCUGAAAGGGCAGGAUGAGCAACGCGAGGGACUCCUCGCCUCUCUCCACAGCCAGGUGCACCAGAUUGUGAUCAAUUGGCGAGAAAACCAGUACUUAGAUGAUUGCAAACCAAAGCAACUAAUGCAUGAGGCACUCAAACUGCGGCUCAACCUGGUGGGAGGCAUGUUUGACACAGUGCAGCGUAGUACCCAGCAGACUACAGAGUGGGCCCAGCUUCUCCUGGAGAUCAUUAUCAGCGGCACUGUGGACAUGCAGUCUAACAAUGAGCUUUUCACAACUGUGUUGGACAUGCUGAGUGUGCUUAUCAAUGGAACAUUGGCUGCAGACAUGUCUAGUAUCUCUCAGGGCAGCAUGGAGGAAAACAAACGUGCAUAUAUGAACUUGGUGAAGAAGCUUCAGAAGGACUUGGGGGAGCGCCAGUCUGACAGUCUGGAAAAGGUUCAUCAACUGUUGCCACUACCCAAGCAGAACCGAGAUGUCAUUACCUGUGAGCCACAGGGCUCCCUUAUCGACACCAAAGGCAACAAGAUUGCCGGCUUCGAUUCCAUCUUCAAGAAGGAGGGUCUACAAGUUUCCACCAAACAAAAGAUCUCCCCCUGGGAUCUUUUUGAGGGCUUGAAGCCAUCAACAGCACCACUCUCCUGGGCCUGGUUUGGCACAGUCCGAGUGGACCGCCGAGUGGCACGAGGGGAGGAGCAGCAACGGCUGCUUCUCUACCACACACACCUGAGGCCUCGGCCCAGAGCCUACUACCUGGAACCACUACCACUGCCCCCAGAAGAUGAGGAGCCACCAGCCCCUGCCCUACUAGAGCCUGAGAAAAAGGCUCCUGAGCCCCCCAAGACUGACAAACAGGGGGCUGCUCCUCCCAGCACUGAGGAGCGCAAGAAGAAGUCCACCAAGGGCAAAAAACGCAGCCAGCCAGCCACCAAGUCGGAGGACUAUGGCAUGGGCCCAGGUCGGAGUGGCCCCUAUGGUGUGACAGUACCUCCAGACCUUCUGCACCAUGCAAAUCCUGGUUCCAUAUCCCACCUUAACUAUAGGCAGAACUCCCUAGGCCUGUACACCCAGAAUCAACCACUACCUGCUGGUGGCCCUCGUGUGGACCCCUACCGCCCUGUGCGAUUACCAAUGCAGAAGCUGCCAACUAGACCAACUUAUCCUGGUGUGCUGCCCACAACUAUGACUACUGUCAUGGGCCUUGAACCCUCAUCUUAUAAGACCUCUGUGUACCGGCAGCAGCAACCCACAGUGCCCCAGGGACAGCGCCUUCGCCAACAGCUCCAGGCAAAGAUACAGAGUCAGGGGAUGUUGGGACAGUCAUCUGUCCAUCAGAUGACUCCUAGUUCUUCCUAUGGUUUGCAGACUUCCCAGGGCUAUACUUCUUAUGUAUCACAUGUGGGAUUGCAGCAACACACAGGCCCUGCAGGUACCAUGGUGCCCCCCAGCUACUCCAGCCAACCUUAUCAGAGCACCCACCCUUCUACCAAUCCUACUCUUGUAGAUCCUACCCGCCACCUGCAACAGCGGCCCAGUGGCUAUGUGCAUCAGCAGGCCCCAACGUAUGGGCAUGGACUGACUUCCACUCAAAGUUGAGAAGUAGAGGUCUUAUACAGAAGAAGAAGAAGAUACCAUGCAGAAGAAUGUUUAGAGAAUGGUAUGAACAAAGACAUGAUCAAGUGUUCAGUUGGGUGCCAACAAACAAAAUGGGACUUGAGAAAAGAUGGGCUACUGGCAAUGUAGAUCAGAGUCACUAGGGAAAGAUUCACGGAUUCAAGCUGACCAUUAAGGAUAGCUAUGAUUGGGAUUUGUAGAGAAGGGGAAAAGGAAGGGCAUUCCAGGUAAAGACAACAGCAUGAGCAAAAACAUGGGACUGGAUUGAGUGUCUAGAGACAGAAAGGAGCAGAUCUUAAAUCUUAAAUGUAGUGUGAAUCUUGAGCUAGGGAAGGAGCAGGGGCUAAGUUAGAGGGGACAAGCUGACAUAUGACAUUGAACAGUGAGAUAUAGCAUUGAGAGACAACCCCAGAAAGGACUGCUUUGCUCAAGAGAGUGAUAGGAGGAGCUUGGCAUGGUAAGAGAUCACUGUGGAAAGAGUGGACAGAGUGUAGGGGAAGGUGGGAGAAGACGAGCGAGGGAGCCCAGCUGCAGAUUGUCAGGGAUGGGCAGACUUGGGUAGAACAGGCAUAUGGAGUAGCAGAAAAACUGGGGGUGUUUCUGGGGCACAACAGCAACCACAAAACCCUUGAUAGGUGUUUAUAGACUGCUUAUCGUGUGCAGACUGUUUUUCAUAAGAGAAAAAUAGCUGAAACAGAAUCGAAAAAUUCCUAAGCAUUAAGGUUAUGAGACAGUAAAAUGGAGUAUUGUCUUUGUGUUUUAUUCCCUGACCUAGAAUUCUGUCAGACUCCAGAAGGGCUCCUCUAGUUAGUGCCAAGAGGAAUGAAUACAAUGACUUGUUAGUUGCUUUCAGGUCAGGGACCCAGGGUUUGUACCACCCCCUUUCUCUGCCCUGUGCUUUGACCCCUG